GUUCGGCCCAGCUGCCGGCGCCGAGGCCUGCGGAGCCGGAGUCGCCGGUCACCUUGUUUUUGCUGGGAGCGAUAAAAUCACUUUUGAAGCAUAUUCACAAUGAGCACGGCUGCAGAGCGAAAGUUCAUUAACCUCAGGAAGAGGCUAGAUCAGCUGGGCUAUCGACAACCCUUGGGAGUGGAGAGCUUGCCUCUGGUGGAAAAACUUUUUAGUGACCUUGUCCAUACAACAGAGAGCCUGCGCAGUACAAAGUUAUCUGCUGGAAAAAUUGAAAAAGAAUGCAGCAAUUUUGAUGCUAUUCUAGAACCUUAUAAAGCAGAGAAUGCUAAACUCACCAGGGAAAAUAAUGAAUUACAUUUAGAGAUAUUGAAACUGAAAGAACAAUCUGAUCGUCAUGUUAAAGACUUGAAGGCCACAUUAAGAAAGGUUGAACAUGAGACAGCUGACUUGAAAUUUCUGAAUAAUCAAUAUAUACAUAAAAUUCGAUCAUUAGAGCGAGAUAACAAAGCCAAGACUGAAAAAAUUCAGCAACUUCAGGAGAAGAAUCUACAAGCAGUAGUACAAACUCCAGGUGGCAGGAAAAGAAACAUUCCAUUCAGGCGUCAACUCAUGCAGAUUGAUCAACCUGUCCCUCCUUCAGGAGUCAGCACCUAUCCAAUUCCUCAGCCAGAUGACCCCUAUGUUGCAGAUCUUCUUCAAGUGGCUGAUAACAGAAUUCAUGAACUUCAGUUGGAAGUAGCCGAAUUGCAGGAAAAGCUGGAGAUAUCUGAACGUGGGGUGAAAAAUUAUAGCAAACAGGUUGAACUGAGAGAUAGAGAGAUAGAACGUCUAGUACUAGCACUGGAUGGUGGUCGCUCUCAUGAUGUUAUAUCUUUGGAAUCCAGAAGUAAAAGUAACGAGAAGCUUAUUGCCCAUUUAAAUUUGCAGGUUGAAUAUCUUCAGCAAACAAACAGAGAGCUUGAAAAUCGCAUACAAGACCUUUUGGACACCAAACAAAAUGUCACUAGUGAAGUGGUUCAUUUAAGCAAUAAAAAUGAAGAACUAUGCCAAGAACUGAGUGAGAUAGACCAUUUGGCACAGCAGUUGGAAAGACACAAAGAAAUUGUGCUUGAGACUGCAGAUAAGGAAAUUGGGGAAGCUAAGAAAGAAAUUAAAAGAAAACAUAGUGAAAUACAGGAUCUUGAAGAAACAAUAACAAGACUUAAGUCAGAGCUAUGUUCAUGUCGGAGAGAAAAAGAGAGGCUGGCUGAUGAACUCUUUGGAAAAGCAGAUGAAAAACAAAAUUUUGAACUAUUGUUAAACCAGCUUGAGCAAGAGAAACAAAUGCUUUCAGAAAAAGUUGAAAACUUUGAAAUUAUAGAACGAGAACUUGUCUUAGAAGUAGAGAGAAUGAGGUUAGAAUAUGGUAUAGCUUUUGGAGACAAGUCACCUUCUCGACUAGAUGCAUUUGUGAAGACUUUAGAAGAAGACAGGGAUUACUAUAAAAGAGAGCUAGAAUAUCUUCAAAAGAUGAUAAAACGAAGAGCUAGCCCAUGCCGUAGGUCUCCAGAAAAGAGUGAAGAUGUGAGGUUGAUCACAAGGGAAAGAGAUGAACUACAAUCUAUGUUGGAUAGAUUUGAAAAACACAUGAUAGAAAUUCAAUCCAAUGUCAAAUUACUGACUGCAGAAAGAGACAAAUUAAAUGUCCUUUAUGAACAGUCUCAGGAUGAAUUAAAUAGGUUAAGAAGAGAGGCAAAGCAUACUUUAGUUUCUCAAAGUCACGUGGAAGAGGAAAGAGACAUUGCAUUAGCUGACUUCAGAAGAAUGAUGGCAGAAAAAGAAAGUCUGAGGGAGAAACUAAAGCAAGAAGAGGAGCUGGCAUUAUUUAGGAAAUCUCAAACCACAGUCACCAUUAAACUUGUCCAGCAGGAGGCAGCAGCCUUUGAGAAAUCAAAGAUGGAGCAUGACAUCGCAGAACUGGAAAACACUGUUUCUGGGUUUGAAACACAACAGUUUGAACUGAAGAGUACAAUCUCUGUACUGAAAGAAAGAAUAAACUCUCUGGAAGAUGAAUUAAAAACAAAGUCUUAUAAACUUGCCCAGACAUCUGAUGACUCUUCACAAUUUAAAGCUGAGUUAUGCUCACUUCAGCUAUUAAAUGAACAACUACGGAGGUCCCUUGAAGAUCUUCAGCACCAAUCCUCUCUUAAAAAGGAUGAACUUCAAUCAGCUCUAGAGGAAAUUGCAAAGCUAGAGGAGAAAAUAGCUAGGUUAAACCAUAAGAGCUCUUCACAGGAUGAGACAGUGAAUGUGCUCAGAAGUACCAUUAGUGUCCUGGAUAAGGAAAAGGACAGUCUUCAGGAAACUGUAGAUGAAAAGACAGAAAGAAUUGCAUGUUUAGAUGACAACUUAGCUAACAAGGAAAAAACAAUUGCUAAUUUGAGACUAACUCUGUCAGAACUGGAAUCCUCCGUAGACCAACUAAAGGAGGCGCUGAGUAACAGAGAUCGGGAGAUAGCUAGUCUCCGUCGCCAGCUUGAUGCAUCUCAGGUAGAGCUUGCAGAAACAGGAAGAGUGAAGGAAAUGGCUCUGAAGGAGAACAGAAGAUUACAAGAUGAUCUAGCUAUAAUGACCAGAGAAAACCAGGCAGUCACUACUGAACUGGAAGAAGCAGUACGUGAAAAAGAAGAAAUGAAGACUAGAGUUCAUAAUUAUGUAACUGAAGUCUCCAGAUUUGAAAGCUUAAUGGCUUCGAAGGAACAAGAAAAUCAAGAAUUGUUAGAGAAGUUCCGAAUGCUCCACAGCCAAGCUGAGGACUGGGAAGUCAAGGCCCAUCAAGCUGAGGGAGAAAGCAGCUCAAUACGUCUUGAACUCCUCUCUGUAGAUACCGAUAGAAGACAUCUUCGAGAGAGAGUGGAACUUUUAGAAAAAGAAAUUCAAGAGCAUAUCAAUGCACAUCAAGCGUAUGAAUCUCAACUCUCUUCAAUUACAAAAAAUAUGUCCAGAUUGGAAGAGGAUCUCAAAUACGAACAAGAAGAAAAGUCUUCUGUAUUAGCUGACUUGGCUUCUAUGAGAGAACUGUGCAUGAAACUUGAGUCUAGCAAAGAACUUUUUUCACGACAGCUAACAUCCAAAAACAUGGAUUAUGAAAGGGUUCUGGCUGAAUUAGAAGAUAUAAAGUCAGAAGCAGAGCUGUUAAAAAAGCAAUUGUCCAGUGAACGACUUACUAUUCAGAAUCUUGAAACGCUGCUCGCUACUAGCAGAGACAAAGAGUUUCAGAAUCAUUUAACAUCCCAUGAGAAAGAUUCAGAAAUUCAGUUACUUAAAGACAAGCUAACUCUUGCAGAGAGCAAACUAACCAGUCAUAAUAGAGAAGUUUCCAUACUUCGAAGUAAAGUUGCACAGCUACAGACGGACUAUGAUGUUUUAAAAAGGCAACUGACAACUGAACGAUUUGAACGAGAGCGCGCAAUUCAGGAAAUGCGUCGACAUGGUCUGUCCACAUCUUCUGUACGUACCUCAUCUCCACUUAGUUCAACAAUGAGAUCUCCUUCCCAUUCUCCAGAGCGUGCAAUUGUAAGAACAACUGAUCGAGCAACAGCAGAAAAAAAUGUGAGCUUCAAGGAAUAA